CUUGCGUCCCUCGUGGGGGUGUUUGCCCAGUCUCACGACGGAAUAGAAAUUCCUGGGGACUUGGACACGCUGGGUAUGUGUCCUCCAUCCUGGAGGGGUGGGGUUUCCACAAAAGGCCCCUCGACCUCGUCUUCAAUACACCUCCAAGUUGCUCUGCUCAAUCCUCCCCGGACUACUUCUGAAGUUCUGUCCACCAAACAAACACCCUUCUCAAACCACCGAGAGCCCUCACAUCCAUAACAUGGGCGCUACAUCGCAAAAGGACCCCGAGCUCCUUGGCCUCGCUCGGACCCUCAAGAACACGCCGUGGUGCGAAAACUACGAGCUCAUGGUCUCGGGCAUGAUGUACAACCCCGUCGACCCCGUUCUUGUCGAGGGCCGCCACCGCGGCCGCCGCCUCGCUCGCGAGUUCAACGACCUCGACCACCGCGAGCACACGGUGGACGGAAUCAGCGAGAAGAAGACCGAGGUCCUGCAGCGCAUGCUCGGGGCCGUCGGCGCGGGGACCUACAUCGAGGCGCCUCUGUUCGUCGACUACGGGUGCAACGUCGUCUUUGGCAAGAACUGCUUCGCGAACUUCAACCUGACAAUCCUCGACGUGAGCCUCGUCAUCAUCGGCGACCGCGUCCAGUUCGGGCCCAACGUGAGCAUCUACGGCGCCGGCCACGACACGAGCGUGCUCUCGCGCAUCAAGUUCGUCGAGUACGGCCUCCCUGUGCGCAUCGAGGACGACUGCUGGAUCGGCGGCGGCACGAUCAUUCUUCCAGGCGUCACCAUCGGCCGGGGCACCACCGUCGGGUCUGGUGCUGUCGUGACCAAGAGCUUGCCGCCGUACUCGGUCGCCGUUGGCAGCCCCGCCCGGGUCAUCAAGACGCUGCAGACCGUCGAGGAGGAGCUGGCGGACCCGGCGAAUCCGUACCGGGACUUGCCUGGGAACUUGCCCGAUAGGGAAUGAAAGGAGUGGGACGCAAGAAAGGGAAAGUUGAACUGAAUAGAGAGGAGGGCUGGCGUUGACUUGGCGCAUUGAAAUAAAAUCGUGGACACGCACCGUUUCUUAGACGAAAUGCUCAAAGGGGCAACUUUUGUUGCCACUUCUCCCAUAUGUAGUUCUUCGCCAACCUGUGUCUCCAGUUCCACAUCUUCUCGACUUCCCCAUUGACAAC